GGAAUUGGGAAUUCCCUACAAUCCAAUAACAUAUAAAUUAUUGACAAAAAAAUUCACCGAGCGAAAUUUCAACCAACAUGCCGGAUAGGUCCAGCCGGGAAAACCUCAGUCUUUCCAAAUAGCGCUCAUUGAAAAGACUACGUUACACCUACUAAUGUGCAGUGGUCGAGUUCUUCCCUAUUAAAAAUUAACGCCUCUUUCGCUCACGAAAAUACAAGAUGGGAGAGGGAUUUUUACGUGCUGAUAACACAAACUACUUGUGACCUUUCAACAUAUGUGAACUGAAAACUGAAAUGAUGACCGUCUUCACUUCUCAACGAAUCUGUGUUUUUUGUUCAAUUUCCGUCAUUAUUUUCGGAACGAUACUUCUAUACAUUCAUGUCUAUUAUUCCCAAAGUAUACCUUCUAUUCUGUUGAAAUUUCCAUAUCGUAUAACGGACAUAGAAAAUUCUGUAAGUUUCUAGUAUUUAUGAAUAUGUUAUUUAAUCAAAUUCCUCCAGGUUUUAUAAAGUGUAUUUGUAAUGAUAGUAUUUACAUAUUUUAUAUGUAGUUAGAUUAAUCAACUAAGUUAUUCCCAAGGAAAUUACGUAAAUUAUUGUUAUCUCAUCACAAACGCUUGCUUUGCUCCAGAGAUGAUUUCUUCACAAUUAAUGUAGUUUUAAGUGACAUUGCUACGUGUAAUUCUUCUAUCUUUUUUUAUUGUAGAUGCUUUCACAACGACCAGAAUGCCCCAGGGAUACUCCUAAUGCGGAUUCAUCAUUUUUUCUUGUUCCCAGUUGGGCAUCUGGAUAUCUCGAAGACAGUACCUACCUGGUCUCAUUUAGUAGAAGAGUACACAUCAUCAUCCUUUCAGCCUAAAAUUGUUCUUUCACAAACUCGCUAUGAUACGUCCACUAACCUUACGAGAGUGGUGGUUGUCAAUAGCACUUCUAACGCUGAAAACAAGACACAAUCACUGGAGAAGUUUGUUGGAAUGUGGCGUCCAGUUGACUGUGAUCCAACUGAAAGACUAGCUAUCAUCGUGCCUUAUCGAAAUCGGGACUCCCACUUGCGUAUGUUUUUAGAACAUAUGCAUUCGUUCCUACGGAAGCAAAGACUUAUGUAUACGAUAUUCGUUAUUAACCAAGAUGGUACAACGCAUUUCAAUCGUGCUCUCCUUUUAAACAUAGGAUUUAUUGAGUCUAUGCGAGUGGCUAAAUUUGACUGUUUUAUAUUUCAUGAUGUGGAUCUAUUACCUGAAGACGAUCGAAAUACUUACCGAUGUUCCAAUCAACCGAGACAUUUAUCAGUUGCUGUAGAUAAAUUCAGUUAUCAUCUUCCUUAUCAACAAAUUUUUGGAGGUGCAGUAGCACUAACUAGAGAACAGUUUGUAAAAGUUGGUGGGUUUUCGAACUUGUAUUAUGGAUGGGGUGGCGAAGAUGAUGACUUAUAUGCUAGAGUUAUUAACGCCAAAUACAUAAUCGUGCGGUAUCCUGAGGAAAUUGCGCGUUACAAAAUGAUCAGUCACAACAGAGAUCCAAAUAAUCCGGUUAAUCCACAACGUCAAAAACUUCUAGAUAGUGCUUCAUCUCGUUUCAAGACAGAUGGCUAUUGGAAUGCCAACUAUACACUACUGGAAGCUUAUCCCGCCUACAAUGGUCUCUUCUAUUGGGUUUCAGUGAGUGUUAUCAAUUAAUCUGCUUAUAGUGAAAUUCCCUGCUUUUUGCUUGCUUUUACAGCAAGUUUACUUAUUUCAUAAUUGUUGAUUUACAUAAAAAAUUAGGUGUUCUUGCUGAUUGAGUCGUUCAAAAUCUCACCAUGUGACUUAUCCAGUACAAAAAUGCAAAAACUAUGUACCAUUCCAUUCUCUCUGUGUCGGUGAAGACCGUUUUCAUAAUUUAUAAACAUAAUGUCAAUUAAUUGAGUAGUUUAAUGAAUUAGUCAAUGAAAAAAUUAGGCAAAUUCCUCUUCAUCUUGAAUCACAGUUCAUACUUUAGUUGUCAUUUUUCUUGUCAAUACUCUUAAGGGAACUAAGCGAAACUUCUCUUUCUACUAUGUUCUCAUUAUUCACUAUCUAAUCUUUUCUUAAUGUAUUUUAACCUUCUGUUACAUUCUAUGGUUGCAUUUUGCUGGGUGUUUUGUGUAUUCUAUGUAUGUAUUUGUUUUCAUCUUUUCACUAUUAUCUUCUUGUCUGUUCCCUUCUAGUAUUGCUGACAUUAAUGGAAUGCUCGAACAGAGGUUUCUAUUUGUGUCGGUUCCUAUGAAAUGUAUUUACCACCAAGUCUCUGUUUCUCAUUUGCAACAUAAGACCUCCAUCUUGUUUAUCGUUUGUGAUAACUGUAGCACUUUUCAUCUUGAAAAAAAGCGUAAACACUACAAUAACACUAAGUCUUUAAAAAGUUACUGUUGUACUGAAUUGAUAGAACUAAUUCUUAAAAGUACCAAUCGGUCAAUGUAGUAUCUCAGAAGUUAAGAUCUUUGCUGUUGAAGUUAUGUGCCAUUACUUUUUCUGGCUGAUUCACAUAAAAUGUCUUUUUUUUCUGAGUUUCUUUGAAUUAUGAAAUUUUUGAUUUUUCUUGACAAUAUUCUUAAUUAUUUCUUUAGAAUUUUUCUUUUUUCUCUCUUCAUACAUAUCAUGACAGGCGUUAAUUGAACUUUUAUUCUCCUGUUUGCAAUAUGACUAAAGAGUUACAGUGAAUUUAUAUUGUAUCAAUCUCUUUUCCUAGAUACCUGGUUACAAUCUACAUUUGGUCUCUUUGUUACUAGGUAAAAUCUUGUCGUAAACAGAAAAGAUAUUUAUCUUACUUUUAGCAAUGCCUAAUUAGUCUGUUGUAUACAAAACUCAUCUUUCUACUCAGGAAUUCAAACAUAUUUGUACUAUUUCUUUGUUUAUUCCCUGUUUGUAUGGUAUGUGGAUGAUGUUAAACUUAUCCUGAAUUUUCAAUUUUUCGAACAGAAUACUUGUUUCUGUUUUUUUUACAAUGCUUUUCCAGAACUAGUAUUUUUUUAUGUAAUUCAGUAAACUAUGCCUAAUCAAAAAAAA